AUGAUGUAUCUUUGUGUUUUUCGUCUGAAUGAGUCGACGUAUGGAAUCCUCCAAGACAUGACUUUGUAUGCCAUGGCACUGAGACACAGGAAGUGGGUUCUGUUACCAUCAAAAUAUGGAACUGAAGGAGUUGCCGAGCUGACUCAAGGAAGAAAAGAUAAAUCGUUUGCCCUAACGCCAACGAGGGUGGCGAAAGUGGGUAGGGGACCUACGGCAGAACUUCAUUCAAUAGACAUGUCCGUAAUAAUUGAAAAGAGAGCGGGGCAUAGACUAUUUACCGGAGACGAAAGACCAGCGGAAGGGCAUGAGUCGCCGAGGAAGAGCGUAGAUCAAAGCAAAGUAUCCCGUCCCUCCCUUCUCUUUAGCUUAGUUCUAGAACGUGGUUUUGAGGGGGGCGGAUUGAAAGAAGUAGUUCCUUCUCGGCUUCAGAAGGACCGAAGGUUGCACUACGUUCAGGGAUUGGUCUUCCUGUUCUUUAUCAGCCGCUAA